UGCAAAUCAGUGAAGUAUUCCUUUAAGUCUUUACCUUGAAGUAAUUCUUGCAAGAUUAAAGCAAUUUACAACUCUUGUAUGAAAAUAUAGAAGAUGAAUAUGAUUUCCCAGAUAUUCCAAAUUUAAAUAUGCUAAAUGUUAAAAACCUCUAGAUAAUUAUUAAUACAAAUAUGGCUAAGCUGCAUAAUACUUGACCUACAUUCACUGUGUUCCUUUAAGUGUCUCUCAGCCCUUGAGAAGUGAUUUACAAGCACAGAUGAGCGUGAGCGUGACUUCAACACACCACCUUUCACUGCAGACUUGCUCUUGAUCUCCACCCCCUGAACGUCACAUCUGUGCAGCUCAGCUGUCAAAGACCAUUCAUUCUCUGCUUCACUCUGGACUGACAGCAAACGAUAAAACCUCGCAAUUGCGGCGGCGCCUGAACGCAGCGCAAGGAUCCUGACAUUCGGACUGAGCAGUACAUAUAUAUUUUUUUAAAAAUAAAGAAAUAAAAGAGAAGAGUGUGAGUGGCCUGGUGUCACACAUGGCUCCGUGGGCGGUAUGGCUCCUGUUGGCGCUGUCCGCUGUCCUGGACGUGCGCUCCUGCUGCGCUCAUGCGUGUCCAGCCAUCUGCCGCUGCAGCGCAGACACUUUCCAGUGCAGCAGAGAGACUCAGCUGGCCUCCAGGACCCAGCCUGCAGCCGUGUCUCGACUAAGGCUGAUUCAUCUGACCUUGGAAGAAGUGCCCACUCAUGCUUUCAGAGAGCUGAUUAACAUCACCAGAAUCGAGAUUUCCCAGAGUGUCUACAUCACAAAGAUACGGAGACAUGCCUUCCUCUCCCUCCACAGCCUGACACAAGUGUCAGUGCAGAACAUCAAGAGUCUGACGACGAUUGAAAUGGGGGCCUUCACUGAUCUGCCUAUGCUGGAACAUCUGAGCAUCUCCAACACGGGGUUGAUAAACUUCCCAGACUUCACUUCUAUCUUUUCCUUGGCAUUGAAUGUUUUUAUAGAAAUGGUAGACAACAUGGGGAUUGACUUCAUUCCUGCCAAUUCUUUCCAGGGUAUCACAGAGGAGUCUGUUGACCUGAACCUGGUUAGAAACGGCUUCAAGGAAAUAAAAUCACAUGCCUUCAAUGGAACCAAGCUCAGCACAUUAGUGUUUAGAGAAAACAGGCAUCUCAGUCAGAUUGAAGACGACGCUUUUGAGGGAGCCACGGGUCCCAGCUUUCUGGAUGUUUCCUACACAGCUCUGAGUUCCCUCCCAGCUAAAGGGUUGAGUCAGGUGAGGUCCCUGAAAGCCACCUCUGUCUUCGCUCUGAAGAGCCUCCCUCCCAUGGAGAACCUGGCUGAACUGCAGGAGGCUGAGCUCACGUACCCGAGCCACUGCUGUGCCUUCCAGACUUGGCGUCAGAAGGAAAAGAUUAGCGCCUCAAAGAACUUGACUACCACGUGUGACUUCAUUAAAUCACAAAUGGAGACCACAACUGAUGUCGUGGAUCUUAUGGAUGACAUCAACUUUGAGUAUCCAGACCUGCAGCUUGAAUGCUUUAACAACCCGAUCAUCAAGUGCACCCCAAAGCCAGACGCUUUUAACCCCUGUGAAGACCUGCUGGGGUUUCCCCUCCUGCGCUGUCUCACCUGGAUCAUUACCAUUUUCGCAGUGUUAGGUAACGUGGCCGUCCUGAUUAUGCUGCUAAUUAGCCACCACAAACUCACCGUCUCCAGAUUUCUCAUGUGUAACCUGGCUUUCGCCGACCUGUGCAUGGGGCUCUACCUGAUGCUCAUCGCCUUUAUGGAUCACUACUCCCAUCAGCAGUACUACAACCACGCCACAGACUGGCAGACGGGGCCCGGCUGUGGCAUCUCGGGGUUUUUAACCGUGUUUGCCAGUGAGCUGUCAGUGUAUACACUAACCGUAAUUAGUGUUGAACGCUGGCACACCAUCACCAACGCCAUGCAUGUCAACAAGAGGCUGCGUAUGCGCCAUGUCAUGGCCAUUAUGGGGGCAGGUUGGGGUUUGUCUCUGCUGGUCGGCAUUCUCCCACUGGUGGGCGUCAGCAGCUACAGCAAAGUGAGCAUCUGUCUGCCCAUGGACAUCGACACGCUGGCCUCGCAGGUGUAUGUGGUGACUAUGCUCAUGCUCAACGUCGUGGCCUUCAUUAUCGUCUGCUACUGUUACAUAUGCAUAUAUUUAAGCGUCCACAAUCCCGAACACUCAACUCGUCACGGAGACACAAAGAUCGCCAAACGCAUGGCUGUGCUCAUUUUCACCGACUUCGUGUGCAUGGCGCCGAUCUCCUUCUUCGCCAUCUCUGCGGCCCUGCGUAUGCCCCUCAUCACCGUGUCUCACUCCAAGAUCCUCCUCAUCCUCUUUUAUCCCAUCAACUCCCUGUGCAACCCUUUCCUCUACACAAUCUUCACACGGGCUUUCAGGAAGGACGUGUGUCUGCUCCUGAGUCGCUGCGGCCGCUGCCACGCCAGCAGAUUUCUACAGGUCACAGACCGCGGCGUCACACCUCACCAGUAACCAGAAGAUGACAUCCUCCAGAAAACCUCGCUCCCCUAGUGUUUAUGCUUAUCACAUUA